UCUUUGGGCCAUGGGAGGAAGCCGGGGCACUAAAGGCUCUUGACCCCACGGUGGACAUGGAGCAGGUGGGAGGGUGAGUUUAUAGUAGGGAAACAUGAAAAACCUGCAAGGCAGUAGGCUAGCUCGAAGACCGGACUUCGAGAGCCCCGACACAUUUGCAAUAUAGUCUGGAAUUAAAUGCCUCUCUGUUUUGUCGUGUCUCUAUUUCAUGACAAAUCUACAAAAUGAGGAAACAAACCAACCUGCGCAAAAGGUAAACAAAAAUGUGGUCAGCAUGGGUUUCCGUAUUCUCGUCUGAUCUUAAGUUUCAUUUUUGUGGCUAAGUUUCGUUUUCCUGACUGAGGAGUGCCAGACAUAACCUCAAGUGAACCGAGCUGAGCUGAUUUCUGAUCAUCUUCCUGCAGACAGUUGUAUAGAAAAGAUUCCCAAGUGAGAAAACAUCAAGGAUUAAUUCAUUAUCUUCCAGAAGCUCAAAUCAGCAGACCAAUGUCCACUCUGAACUCCAAGCUGACCAGGAGUCAGCAGAAGACAAUCUGCUCUCAGCUGGGAACUGUCAGAUUGAAGCUUCUGUACAAGGCCAGCAUCCAUGGUUUCACUGGUGCUGCCUUCCACCAACAGUGUGACAAGCGCUGCCCCACUGUGUCUGUGGGCUACAACUCCUCUGGUUAUGUGUUUGGAGGCUACACCAGACAAGCUUUUAAUCAGUCUGGACAGUAUGUGAAUGACGACCAGGCUUUUCUUUUCUCCCUCAGUGGAGAAAAGAUCCACAAAUAUCCAGUCAUUAGUGCUCCACAUGCUGUCAGAAUGAUCAGCGGCUCAGGCCCUUACUUUGGAGAAACAUUGAUUCUUGUCCAUGGAAGCAAACAAGUGGUCUACAGCAAUCCAGGAAAAUUUUAUACGUUUUCUGCUGCAGAAAUGCAUGGAAAUGAUCUGAAUCUGACAGAGUGUGAAGUCUACCAGGUGGAACAAACCACCGAACUUGAGAAGCCAUGGAGGACUGUAAUCUGGGAAACUGGGAAGAGGAAUGAGCUGAUGGAGAACAUCAUAACCUACAAGCCCACCGUCAGUUCUGUGGCACAGGCUCGAGUUUUACUCAUUGGACCAGUUGGAGCUGGAAAGUCCAGCUUCUUCAACUCCAUCAACUCUGUGUUCAGAGGCCACGUCACCAGCCAGGCCAUAUCUGGAUCCUCCGCCACCAGCCUCACCACACAGUUUCGCACCUACUCUUUGAAAGCUGGACGGCAAGGCAAACCUCUACCCAUCAUCUUGUGUGAUACCAUGGGUCUGGAGGAAAGUAAGGGGGCGGGGCUUGAUAUAGAUGACAUCAGUAAUAUUCUUAAAGGUCACCUGUCUGAUCGUUACCAGUUCAACCCUUCUGCUGCUCUGCAUUCGGACUCUCAUGGCUACCGCAGGUCUCCAACUCUCAAAGACAAGAUCCACUGUGUAGUUUAUGUCAUAGAUGCUUGCAAGAUCUCCAUCAUGUCUGCAAAGCUGGAAGAGAAGCUGGAUGCUAUUCGAAGAAAGGUCAACAUGAUGGGGAUUCCUCAGCUGGUUCUGCUCACUAAAGUAGACGAAGCCUGCCCUUUGGUGGAGGAAGAUCUGACAAACAUCUACAGGAGUGGAUACAUUAAGGGCACGGUGCAAGAGAUCAGCGCUCGGCUCGGUGUGCCGUUGUCCUGCAUUGUUCCAGUGAAGAACUACAGUGAAGAACUGGAGCUGGACGUCAACUGUGACAUCUUGCUGCUCAGUGCUGUCAUCCAGAUGCUUCGAUUUGUUGAUAAUUACUUUGAUGAUAUAAGUGACCAAGUGAGCAUCACUGAAACCAAAGAGUAGGAAUAUGUAAUAAGACAUUCCUAUCAAAUGCAUGUAUUGUCCUGCAUAACAUAGCUACCAGGCAGAAUGCUCUGUAACGAUGUUAAUGACGCACCUGAGUCCUGUGUUGAGGUAUUGACCCAGCCUCCGGCAUUCUGUUUGUCGGUCUGACGGUACAUGUAGUGAGGGAUGCAAUAAUUUGAAAUUUCUUUUUUUUUGACAGGUUCUUUUCUGAUUAUGCAGUAAUGAAUAGCAGGAAAAUUUAAUGUUUUAUUUGUGUUUGUUUCUGAAUUUGUUUGGGGGUUUGUUUCAUGGAGACAUGAUAACGUUAUGUUUUUAAUUUUGCUUUACUAUGCUGAAAGGCUUAAUAGAUAGCAUAUGCCGAUUUUAAGCACUUUAUCCCUAUAACAGGUAAACAAGUCAGGUGCUAAAUACAUAUAUAAUGAAUGAAUGAAUGAAAUGAAAAAUACUUUAUUAAUCCCAAAGGGAAAUUCAAUAUAAGCAUAUGCACUGAAUAAAAAGUUCUAUUAUUUGAUCGGCUGUUAGAAUCCUGCAUUCUCUUGGGAUCAGGAUAAUCCUGUUUUUUUGGAUCAAAGUUAUCUGGAUUCUACUCCAAAGUUUUGAACAACCCAAACUGAGGGUUUUAUCUGGAUUACAACCAGGAUUGGAUUACUUGAUCCAAGUGGUUUUUGGAGUGCAGAUUUCCCUUUUGAACAACUCAUUUUCAAGAUUUGAUCCUGUCUGAUAACCAAAAUCCGAUUGGAUUAUGUUUGAACAACCAGCGCAUAAGAAUACCAUCUAAAUCCUUAUCAUACCACUUAUGAUUUAAACCUGUUUGAAAUUAUAAUAGUUAAAACAUACAUUAUGUAAUGUAGGUUUAUUUAUUUUAUUUAUCUGUAAUUGCCAUUAUCUUUGGGAUUGUAGUUUGCUUAGUUUAGUAUAAGUAUAAUCCUGAUGAUGUAGGCCCUCUGUGUAUUUACAAGCCGUUUUAUGUGCAUUUCAUUUAUCAAAAUGAUUCUGUGAAAUUUUAUUAUAAUUUAUUAGCAUAAUGAGUUGUUCCAGCUGAGUGACAACACUUCUCAGAGAUAUGUCUUUUGUUUUGAUUCCUGCAUAUGAAUAAUGCUACAGUCACUGUUUAUACUUUAACAACUUUAUAAAGUUUGUCUGAUUUGUCCAUUCAAUAUUUUAUUUUAUCUACUGUAUAUUUAUCCUCUAAUUCAAUUUGUGUCUGUAACAAUCAAAAUCCAGCAGAGCAAAAAAACUCCACAAAGACUUAGAUUAACUGUGUUAAAAUGAAGAAUUAAAUCUCCAUAGUUG